AUGUCACUCGUCUCAGACCAAGUACGGCGUCUAGAUGCCUACUUGGACCGGCUGCCUGUCAUCUCAGCUGAGGCAUCGUCUGAUGAGGGUGGUUAUGAGGCUGAGGACCAGAGCUUCUCUAUCGCUGAUGCAUUUGCGGCCCCCCACCUUAAUCGUCUUCUACGGAUUGUCCAGUCAUUCGGCACAGCUGGCUCGCAGGAUGCUCUGCUAUCAACAUCCCGGAUCAAGGCCCUGCUCACAAAAUCAGGGAUACCCGAACAGCCUCUCAAGGUCAAUGAGGCCAGCGUAAAGAGCCCUUACGAAAAUGAAGUAGAGUGGCUUCUAGUCAGCAAAGCCACUAUUCAGCUCUAUGGUGUCAUUCUCAAUACUCUGCUGGACCAAAUCAUCCCUUUAAGCAAUGACAUCUGGUAUUGGGAUGAGAUUCUCAGCUCAUACUCGUACAGCAGCCUCUACACUGUACAAAUAUCUCCAGUGAGAUUCUGGGCUUGGUCUCAAGAUGUAUAUAUCACAGCCCAUGCUAGAUUUAGCUCUGCGACUUCACUGGGCUCAACCUCCGAUUUUGUAGACUCGACGCGCUCGCGAUUGUCUCGCGAGUGGAGCCAAUUUUAUACGAUUGUCCGCGAUAGUAUUCGAGAGCGCUCGUUUUCCAAUAUCCAAAGAAAAGUUCUUUCUCCUGUCGCAUUUUCCAGAGCAGAGGCUAGACGCAAACAAGCUCAGCUGAAGAAGUUGAGGGAAAUUACGGCCAGCGGACUUGGUGUGCUAAUGGACGAGGGUCUUCAGUUCGAGAUCGACGAUGAUAAGUCUCACAUGGUGAUACAAGAUCAUCAUGAUCUCAAAGGGGUUGUUGAACGCAGCGUUGCGCUUAUGGACAUGAUCCUUGCGGAGGUCUCUCAUUUGGACAUUAGCGUUAAUGACUUUGAGGAUAAGGUCUUCGCCGGUGUCGAGGAAGACCCUGAGCUUUCCGUUCAUGUUGAGGAUACCAUCACCUCCAACCGACCAACCAUUCUUGCCCGCCGCCUUCUCUCCAUCAUUGACGAGGUCCUUCCGCAGCACCAGAUUGCGAUGAAGAAACUGACAACUGAAAAUGGACGGCCUUCGCUUCUUGUGCGAUAUUGGCUGCCAGGUGUCGUCGGUCUGCUCUCAUCAACAACCAUCCUGAAGAUUCUGGUGAAUCGCAAGGCAGAGAUUAUUACUUGGAUCGCGGAGCUUGGAUCAACAGUGCGGGAUUUCUGGCUGAACUGGGUCAUUGAGCCGACGCACAAAGUUAUUCGGACCAUUCGCCAUGAUGAGACAAGUGAGAUCGCCAUCAUGAGCAGAGAUAGCCUCAAGGCAGACCGGGAAAGCUUAGAACGCAUGGUGGUUGAUUUCGCAAUCGAUAAGCCUCAUUUUGCAGUUGAAAGUUCGUCGCUUUCAGACGCCCAGAUUUCCGAGAUUCGCUCCAAGGUCGCCGAGGGGGAUGUCACACCUGUUCUAAAAGCAUAUGAGAAGGACCUCCGUAGCCCAUUUGUCGGUGCCCUCCGAGGCGACCUUGUCCGCUCGCUCCUGAUACAGGUUCAGAAAACCAAGGUGGAUCUUGAAGUUGCAAUGACCGGAAUCGACUCCCUGUUGAAAAGUCAGGAACUGGUUUUCGGCUUCGUAGGCCUGACACCUGGUAUUCUCGUCUCCAUCGGCCUCUUCCAGUAUUUCCGCGGCGUCUUUGGAGGCCGCUCUGGGAGACAACAGGUCAGGAAAGCCGGACAUGCCGUUCGGGUUCUUCGGAACAUCGACCGCAUCCUCGCGGAGGCGCGCCCAACCGAGAGCAAUGUGCUCUCAUACAAAGAUCAUGGCUUGCUUCUUUGCGAGGUCCACUUACUCAGGAAUCUAGCCCAUAGACUGAUGCCUCGCGAGAUUGAAAGGGAGUUCCUUGAGGAUCUGGACGAUCUAGCAAAUAUCAAGGGGAUUCAAGUUCAGCAGAAAGCCCUGGAACGUCUUCGCUGGGCCUACUUGAGGUGGCUGAGAUAG